UUGAACGAUGUAAUAUCAAAGAACACAAUUAGGGAUGAAUUAGAAAAUUAAAUAUAUUGUAUUUUUUUCUAAUAUUAACGGAAAUUGAAAAUGUCUGACGACAAGGCUUACAAAGAUGGUGAUGUAGUAUGGGUAAAGUUAGGCAAUAAUUGGUGGCCUGCGGAGGUAACAGAUACACAUCGGCAGCCUGAAGGAUUAACUAAGCAUUUGAAACGAAAACCAUACUGCAUUGUGAAGUUUUUUCAAGAGGAUUCAUAUGAAUUUGUAAAAAGUAGCAAACAGAUUUUUCCCUUUCAGUGCAAUAAAAAAGAUGAAUUUAUAAAGAAAGGCUAUGCACUUCACGAAGCAAAGAAUAAAUUUAUGGAAAAGUUUCCAUCAGAUGUGGAAAUAGCGGAACGUAGAACGUCUACUUUAAUUAUUAAUGAUCGACCAGAUAGCAUUGUUAAGGCAAUUUUAGGGCAAACAUGUAUAAGCAGAAAUAUUAGUUACAAUGAUCAACUGCAAAUCGGCAAUAAUUGCAAUGUUCGCAGAAGUGGGGACUCAGUUACAAAAAUAAUUAAUAUAACAUCUAAUUUAAAAACGCCUAUAACAUCAACAACUGCGAUUGCGACAUUGGGAAAUAGUAAAUCACCUGAUGUUAUUGCAAAACCGCCAACGGUUAUGCAAUCUCAUAACACGAUCAAUGAUAACUCAAAUAUUUAUCGAUGUCAUUUGUGUGAUUUUACAAGCAUCCGACAAAAUGUAAUAAUAUUUCACCGUAAAACACAUAGCAGAGAUAACGUGUAUUCUCUCUCAGUACCUGUGGCUAUGUCAAAAACACCACCAACGAAUUUAAAAUUACAAGCCGCAGUAUCUAAAGCAAAUACUCCAUCAAGCUUUACAUUUAAAUCAGAUUAUAAUAACAUAGGAAAUAAAAAGUUAACCACUAAAUGUUUUGUACCACAAUCAGACACUGACAACGAUAAUGGUUCAAUAUAUAUGCCACUAUUAAAUACUAAAAACAAUCAGAGUCAAUCAAUUAAUAGAUCAACAGCAGCAGCAAGACUACCUAAGAAGAAGGAAUUUGCUUGUUUAGCAACUUCAAAAAGACCGUUGAGAUCUUCUCCUAAUAUUUCAUCCAAUGAUUUAUCGCUACAAGAAACAAGAAAAAAUAAAACUGUGGAUACUGAACUUGAAGUAAUUGAACAUAGUAAUUCAUAUCAAACUCUUUCAUCUGCUAUAAAUACUACAACGACUACUGUCUCAAAACAUUCUCCGGAAGAAAUACGAAAGCGCUUACUUGCUGAUUGGAGUGAUGAAGAAAAGGAUGAUGAUGAAGUGAGCACAUCUAAAAAUUUACUUGUAAGAAGCAUAACAAAUGAUGAGAUUAAGAAAAAUAAACUAGAUGAAAUACCGUUUAAUAUAAAUGAUAUUGACGUUAUAUCUAAAUCUAAAAAUUCAUCAACAAUUACUGAUACAUCUAAGCCACAGAUCUUAAAUAGAAUUCGAAAUAUUCCCAAAAAAGACCGCCGUGAUAUUGUUCUUAAAGAGUUUAAUGAACCAACAAUAAGUUAUUCACCGCUCUCCACAUCGACCACUCUUCCCAUUGUUAACAUCGAUAGUGCAAGUAGCAACAGUUGUAGUUCUGAUUCUGUAGUCGUUGUAGGUGUUCUAUCAGAUACGAAUUCAGUAAAAACAAUAAAUGUGGAACAGACAAGUAUACAAGGUGAAGGAACAAAUAUUAAAGAAACGAAUAUGUCCCCAGUGAAAACAACCAUUGAAGGUAAUACUGAUCAAAAAAGUAUAAUUUUAAAUAGUGAAAAAAGUGAUGCUUUAGAAUCAAAAGAAACCGCUUGCGAUGGAAGUAAUGCUGAAGAUAUUCCCUCAACAACUUUAUCUUGUUUUGAUUUUCAAGAAGAAGAAGAAGAAAACUACAAUGAUAUGUUAACAUCAAUGACAAAUUUCAAAAAAAAAUAUUUGUCACCUGAUAAAAUUCAAAGUUCCUGCAUAGAAAACAAAAGUUCAAAAGCGGAAAUCUUGACUAAUUCCACUGAAGCCAAAGAAGAAUUGGAUCAGAAGGAUGAGCUAUUAUCUGCAGAAAUUGAAUCUUUGCUUGCACAAACGAUUACAACUGUUAGCGACGUAAGAAUGCUUGAAGGGAACACUAACACUAAAGAUAAUGUAUUUGUGAAGGGAUUGCCAAUAAAGGAACGAGGAAAAAGAAUAUUUAAAUCACGUAACCGUUCUGGUUUGGAUGAGGUAUCAUUUUCAACAAAUAUUUUAAAUACAGAAAUAAAUGAUAAUAAAUCCAUUAAUUCAAAUGAAUUAUGUUUAACCGAGUUAGAAGAGAAAGCUACGGAAAUUUCUCUAAUAUUUGAAAAUCCAGAAGAAAAAUUUGUUAAAAUUAAACAAUUAGAAAUUGAAAGGGCUAAAAAUGCAGAUAUUGAAUUGUUUAAAAAUAAAUCUGAAAAAUGCAUAGUUAAAAACACAGAAAUAAUACAACUUGAACAAAAAAAAGCUAUGGUUGAAGCAAGUUCUACUAACUCUGAAGAUAUAAAAUUAAUUGAUAAAACAUCGGAUAUAGGUUUUAAAAAUGAAAUCUUGGAACAAAAUCUCGAUGAUACAGAUUGUAAAAUAUCAGCAAAUAGUGCAAAUAUCCAGACUACUGAAUUUUCAUCACUAACAGAUGAGUAUAGCUUAGCGAGUAUUCCCGAAGCAAAUAUAGAGUUUGGAUUACCUACAAUCGUUGUCGGUGAUAAAAGCUUUUCUCUUCAUAAAUAUAAUAUUAAAUCUGAUGUGAAUGUAAAUAUAGUAGAUAUGAACAAAACAGAUCGACAGGAAGAAUUAAAAUAUGAAAAAUCUACACAAAACGAUGACAAAAUUAUUGAAGCUUCUAGAAUUUCUAAUGUAUUAAAAAAAAUUAACAAAUCAUUCAAUAACGAUGUCAAAGCUGAAAUUUUUAAUGAUGCUCUUCGAAAAAGUAAAACGAAAACACCCAAGUAUGUUUCUGAAGGAAAAGAAAGUGAAAUUUCUGGGGAAAAGUGGAUAGGAGAUGAAAUGCCGCAAGAUUUACUCGAAGAUGAAGAUGAGGAUGACAUUGAAAGUCCACCACAUGAGGCUUUAUCUGGCAAUGAGCUCGAAGCUGAGUUAGUAAAGGUUAGAAAAUCAAAAAAUGCAAACACACAUAUAAAAACUUCUCCCAUGAAAAAUAAAAAUAAUAAAAACGAUUAUGAUUUGGCAAAAUCUUCUAAUACAGAAACUAAAACUAAAAAGUUAUUUACUACAGGCAGCAACGAAUGUGAGAUUGCACUUAACACUAAAACAAUCAAUGAUUUAGAAGAGGAACGCGGUAUUAUAAUUAAAAAUGUGCUUCAUGAUAUAUCGACCCAAAAUUCUCCUAGAGAAUCGGAAAAUAACAGUCCGUUGAUAAAAUGUAACGAAACUGAUUUAAAUGAAUCAGAGCAAUUAAAAAAUGCAGUUUGCAGUCGCAAUAAGAAUGAAUUUAGUUCAGAUGAAAAUUUUACAAUAAAACGAAUCAAAUCGAAGCGACGACAUCCUGUUGACGAUACAAAUUCGAAGCACAUAGUUAAUAUAAAUCGAAAAACAAGAAAGUUAAGUGAAUUAUCUUGUUCACAAGAAUCGCUUGCAAUGAACGAAGAACACAGUAGACAUGACGGUAAAAUUAUAAUUAAGGACAAUAAAGAAGUAAACAUUGCUUCAACAGAUGAAAUUCAAUGUGUUAAGGAUUUAAAAGAAGAAUCAGUUCAUAAACAAAUUAUGAGUACAGAAGAUUUGGAGUCAAAAAGAAAUAUAUUACUUUUCGAAAACUCCGUUGAUAGUGAAAAUUGCAAAAUAAAGCCCUCAAGCUUAGCAAAAAUUUCAAGCAGUUUGAAAAAUCAGUUAGUAGAUGAAGAAAAAGAACAAAUAAACAUUACACAUAACUUACCUGUGAUUUUGGAAGAUAUAACACUUCAAGAAGUUGAGCAUUUCGAAAGUUCUCCCACAAUAACAUACUCCAAUGCUUCUAAAAAUGAUCCAUUUAAAAUAUCAAAAAAUAUUGAAAAAAUCUAUCAUGAUAGCGAUCAUAAAACUAAUAGUGAAGAAAAUGAACAUAAUCCACAAAAUAUUUGUGGAAUAUCUCCUUUAGAAAAAGUUCGUAUAGAUGUUGAUGUAUCAAAUCCUUUAUCCUCACAAAUAGCUAACAUAUUAUCAUGUAAUAAUAAUUCUAAUCAGAUCGCAGCAGACACAGCUAAUAAAAACAACCUAAAUCCAAAACUAAUUAUUUCUAAGAGAAAAAAUUCGUUUGAAGAUGAAAUACCCUCAUUCGUAAUUGAACGCCCAGGAAAUCAAGCAUUGACAGAAUCAAUUGAAAAAGAUGCAGUAAAACAUGUACAAAACAUGUGCCCACAAUUAAAAAUCACGCGAAAGGAAAAAAUAUUAAUAGAACCUUUAGCUACUAGUUCAUCUAAAAAUUUAGAUUCUACCAUAUUUGAUAUAAAUAAUAUGCCAAUUUUACUUAGUAAUGAACAAAUACUUCAUUCAAGUGAAGUAGAUGCAUCUAUAGUACUAUCUUUGACAAGUGACAAAAGCUUCACACAAUGUCAAAGCGCCACUAUUAAGUCAGUUACUGAGACUUUGCCCGAAACACCUCGAAUUAUAAAACAACAAAUUCUGCAACCGGCUCGGACACCAUCGCCUUUUCUUGCACAACAUAAAGCAUCUGGAAAUUCAAAUCUGACAAAUAUUUCUGAAGAGUGCUCACAUCAAAAGCAAAUUCAAGAACAACAAGAUAUUUAUCAACAGCAAAAGAUGUCACAACAGCAUUUAAAUAGUAGAUACCUUCUUAUAAAAGCAUCUACAGAUUCGAUACCAGCAGCAACAACAGCUAAUAUAAUUCUUUCGUCACCACCACAAACCUCACAAGUAAUAAAACCCAAAUCACCUGCUGCAGCUGCGACCGGAGGUCGUAAGCAGGCCGGAAAUACUAUAAGCCUACCGAACAGUAUAUCAGCAAAACAGCAGCUUUUAAAGUUUAACGAUGAAUUAGACACAAAUUUGGAUUUAGAAACUCAUGAAAAUAUGAAAUUAAAUAAGAAUCAUCAGUAUUCAUCAAAUGCAAAUAAUAAUAAACGUAGAACGCAACAAUACAUCCAAAGCCAAAUAAAUAGUCAAGAAGAGAUUGCAGUUUCAACGGCUAAAAUAGCAAAAUCGUCCCGAAGUGAUGGUAUAUGUGGAACCAAUUUGACAGUAGCACAAAAACAAUUAAGCCAAUUGCAGCAACAGCUACAACAACGCCAGAAAACGCAAGAAUCGUCAAAACAAUUUCAUCAUUUACAUAAUCGUAAACCAAAAAAGCAACCACAGCAACAUCGAAACUUACAGAAGAAAUCUGAAACAAUGGUUCUUCGCGAAAAUGCAGAGCCACAAUCCAGUGAAUAUAAUCAACACAACUUAGGUACGUCUACUGAACAUAAUUCUCAACGUCAUGUAACUGGUCAACAGUCCGUUCAACCAACUACACUUAAUGAAGAACAGUUAAAUCAAACACAGCAAUCUGAAGAUCCUAUUGAUAGUACAUCAAAAAUAUUAGCUGUACCUACUCAACCGAUACCUGGUUAUAAUGAAACAUUUUUACUUUGCACGUUAGUAAAUAAUAAUUACAAACCAAUUGAUAAUGUACCGCUCUAUCUGGAUCACGAUUUGAAUCAAUUGGUACCAGUUCCAAUAGACGCAUUAGAUAGAGAGCCAAGUCUAAUUGUGAAUCAUCCACCACUUGAGGAUCAGGUAACAUUGAUACAAGAUGCUACGGAAGAUCAACAGCAAAUAGUUUCAACCAAUACACUAAAAACUGCAGAAGCAGAUUCUUCGACUCAUUUGAUUUGCUUAGAUUCAGGAACUGAUCUUGUAGGUAAUUCAGUAGCGCGAGUAUUGCAAACGCCAUUAACAGAUGAAGUUGUUGAAAGGGAUAUUGUAGCAACAUCUCCAAUGUCUGUUUUUUUACCAAACGAUAAUGCUUCGGAAGUAAUUGCAGACAAUGCAGUUAUUCUAAAUAUAGAGGGCCAACAGAUUAUAUUAGAUGCUGCAACUUUUACACAUUUAUUAGCUAAUCCUGAUGCCAAUACACAGCUCAUUACUGAUGAUGGAACCGAAUUUAUUUUGACGAGAGAAGUGCUUGCUGCUCUGGAAGCACAGCAAGCGGAACAACAAAUUCAGCAAUUGCAAAUAGCUGGACAACAAAUUCCUUCAGCAUCCAAUACCACCGACAUUCUUGCUGUUGCUCUGGCUGGUUCCGAUUUAUAUAACAGCGAGGUGCUUGAAAUAGAAACUUCUCAAAGGUUACAAUUGAUGGGUUCCGAUGUAUUCCAACCUUCUGUAUUACCACAACCACAUUUAACGCCGCCAAUCACAGCACAUACAAGUGAAACAAGUACACUGCUUAACCAAACACCAAUAAUGUCACCCUUAGAAAAACCGUCGACAAGUUUAAAUAAAGCAAAGCAUUUAGAUUUCGUUGGACAUAUCGGAACUAAUACUGGCGUACCCAUUUCUUCCGAGUUGGUUGAUUGUAGACCUAACUUGGAAGACAGUUUAGCAGUAAUAGGAGUAACACCACAAUCAGCAGUUCCAUCUUCCCUUGAAUUACCCAUUACUGUUACUGAUCCAAAGAUUGCUUCUAAAGUGACCAUGCAAACAACACCCGCGGACAUUGUGCAAUAUCAAACUCAUUGCGCUGACAAUAUAUUAAACAACGAUUCACGUUUAUACAAUGAUUCAAAUAGUUAAUAUUGUCCGAAAAUCGUCUAUUUUAAUCAAUUAGACGACGAAAAUAGCGAGGGGACAAAUGUAGAAUUUAAUGAUGAUCUUUUCUUCGGGUCUGAUGCUUUGACUUAAACAUGUCAUUUCAAUCAUGCAACCCAUGCAUUAUUUAUAUAUUCUAUAUAUUGUUAUCUUAUAAUUAUAAUAGUAUAUUGAUAUGUUUUACAAUCAGUUAUGAUUUUUAUCCAAUAUACAUAUUAUAUAUAUGUAUAUAUUAUAAAAUAUUAGCUUUUCUUACGUAGUUUAGUUUCAGAAGAUGAUUCCUUAGUCCGAGAAACAAAAGAAAUUGUAAGCGUAAAUGGGGAAUCCAUUUUUAAUAUUUACCGGGACUUAAAUUUCAAAUAUAACUAUAUUCAAAAAAAAAGGUGAAUUGAAAAAUCCUGUUUUAAUAUCUCAAAACAAUUAAGUCAAACAACUUAAAUCGUUUACUAAUUUUUACUUCAUUAAAUAUAUUUGAACUA